UUGGAAGGAGCAGCAGGGAUGGCCUCGUUUUCCUCCUCCUUCUCAACAUCCCUGUCGCUGGCGGCCCUCGUUGGGGAGACGGUGAUGACGCCAUCAGGUCAGGCCAACGUCAUCUACCUGGCAGUGAAUGAGAGUAGCCCGGGCACCCUGCUGCUGCAGCUGUGUGAGCUGCUGGCCACCACACCACUGCAGGGUCUGGUGUUUGAGGAGGAGAGACCACCACCGCCGAACCGCGCCCCUCUGGCCCCCAUGCUGGAGUUUGUCUCCGCCCAGACGGGGGUUCCCGUGGUUGCUGUAGGGGGAGGGGCCAGUCUGGGACGAGAGCCACAGGAAAGCGGCUCCAUCUACCUCCAGUUCACCUGCUCCACCUCACUCCAGCUCGAGGUCAUCUUCGAGGUGCUUGAAGAAUACGACUGGACCUCCUUCUCUGUGGUGACCACCCGCCACCACGGCUACGAAGACUUCCUGGCCAUGGUGGAGGGUAUGACAGACGGUUCAUUCAUUGGCUGGGAAAGAAAGAGCGUGGUGAUUCUUAACGUGACAGAUGACCCUGGCGGGACCCGAGCCAAACGGCUGCUCAAAGACAAUGAAGCCCAGGUCCGUCUGCUUUACUGCUCCCUGGAGGAGGCUGAGCUGGUCUUUCGGGCAGCCUGGGCGGCGGGUCAGGCCGGGCCCAGUCACAUGUGGUUCGCCGUGGGACCGGCUCUGUCUGGUUUGGGCCUGGAGGGGCUGCCGAAGGCCUUGUUCGCCAUCCGGCCACAGGGCUGGAGGGACGAGCCACGAAGGCGCAUUGCCAAAGGUGUCUCUGUGCUCACCCACGGGGCGAUGGCUCUGCGGAGGGACCAGGGGACCACCAGCCGCUCUCAGUACGCCGGCAACUGUCAGAGUGACGGCAACCAGACCCACCGAGUGCCAGACAGGAUCAGGUACUUCACCAACAUAUCCAUCGGUGGGCGGGACUAUUCCUUCAACAGUGAUGGCUACCUGUCCAACCCGCUGCUUGAUGUCAUUUCCUACACCAAUGGAAGAGGCUGGGAGGAGGUGGGCUGGUGGGAGAACGGCCACCUACGUCUGCGUUACCAUCCCUGGUCACGUUACGGCUCCUUCCUGAAGCCUCUGGAUGACUCCCAGCACCUCCGAGUGGUUACCUUGGAGGAGAGGCCCUUUGUCAUUGUGGAGCCGGCCGACCCAGGCACCAGUUCCUGCAUCCGGGACUCUGUGCCCUGUCGAAUGCCAGUUAACACAAGCUUGGUGGUGGAUGGCACCGGGCCCAUGAAGCACUGCUGCAAGGGGUUUUGCAUCGACGUCCUCAAGCGACUGGCAAAAAUUGUGGGUUUCACCUAUGACCUGUACCUGGUGACCAAUGGGAGGCAUGGAAAAAACAUUGAUGGAGAGUGGAACGGUAUGGUUGGAGAGGUGGUGUCCAGCAGAGCUGACAUGGCCAUCGGUUCUCUCACCAUUAACGAAGAGAGAUCAGAGGUCGUGGAGUUUUCCGUUCCAUUCGUGGAGACUGGCAUCAGCGUCAUGGUUUCUCGCAGCAAUGGAACCGUGUCACCUUCUGCCUUCCUUGAGCCCUACAGCCCAGCGGUGUGGGUGAUGAUGUUUGUGAUGUGCCUGUCGGUGGUGGCUGUCACUGUCUUCAUCUUCGAGUUCUUCAGCCCCGUGGGAUACAACCGCAGCCUGCAGAGCGCCAAGAAGUCAGGUGGAUCUAAGUUCACCAUCGGGAAGUCAGUCUGGCUGCUGUGGGCGCUGGUCUUCAACAACUCUGUGCCUGUGGAGAAUCCAAGAGGAACCACCAGCAAGAUCAUGGUGCUGGUGUGGGCCUUCUUCGCUGUCAUCUUCCUGGCCUCCUACACUGCCAACCUGGCUGCCUUCAUGAUCCAGGAAGAGUACAUCGACACGGUGUCGGGGCUGUCUGAUAAGAAGUUCCAGCAACCGACGGAGCAGUACCCGCCACUGCGUUUUGGAACGGUGCCAAACGGCAGCACAGAGGAGAACAUCCGCUCCAACUAUGCCAACAUGCACCAGUACAUGAUUCGCAACAACCAGAAGGGUGUGGAGGAGGCCAUUGAAAACCUCAAGACUGGGAAACUGGAUGCCUUCAUUUAUGAUGCAGCGGUGCUGAACUAUAUGGCCAGAAAGGACGAGGGCUGUAAGGUGAUGACCAUCGGCUCUGGUAAGGUGUUCGCCACUACGGGCUACGGCGUUGCCCUGCACAAGAACUCCCGCUGGAAACGACCACUGGACCUGGCUCUGCUGCAGCUGAUUGGAGAUGAUGAGAUUGAUAUGUUGGAGCGUCUCUGGCUGUCAGGUAUCUGCCACAACGAUAAGAUCGAGGUGAUGAGCAGUAAGCUGGACAUAGACAACAUGGCAGGGGUCUUCUACAUGCUGCUGGUGGCCAUGGGCCUCAGCCUCCUGGUAUUUGCCUGGGAGCAUCUGGUGUACUGGAAACUACGGCACUGUGUGAAGCGAUCUGGCGGAAUGGACUUCCUUCUGGCUCUCAGCAGGGGUAUGUACAGUUGCUGCCAGUUUGAGGAUGAGACAGCACCGGGAGGUAGCUCUUUGCCUCAAUACCACACCAUGGGUACCAUACCUACUGCAGCCCAGCAACACCUUGUUACAGCCACAAUAAAUAACACAACUGCCAUUGCCAUGGUGCAGCAGCAACAGCAGCAGAAACACCACCAACAACAGCAACAGGGGCCGACCUAUACCACCAUGCUACCUGGAUCGCCGCCGACCACAGGACACUCAGCAAUGGCUCUUGGACCCUCAAACAGCCCUUUACUGGAAGGACCCAUGCCCUGCUCUACCUUCUUGCCUCGCCAUGACCGCAGACUUGCUGUGGUUGAUCGUUGGAACAGGUCAAAGCCGGAGAAAGUCAUGAGUGGAGGUGGUAGUGGAGGAGUUGGUGUGGGCGGGAUAGCAGGAGGUAUCACUGAACUUCAGCCCCCACAGUAUCAGCCAAAUCUUGGACAGCACUGGAGCAUGCAAGGCGGAGUUGCAGGUGGAGCAGGUGGAGCAGGUGGAGCAGGGGGAGGAGGUGACACAGGGCUAGAUGAAUAUAAGCGCUACUAUGGUCCUAUAGAUCCAGAAGGACUAGGAGCUAACUCUGACCAACAGGCAGGAGGCCCUCAGCAGACUCCCAAACCUAAUCCUCGAGGCUCCAAAGCCUCAGGGAUGCCACGACUGCCUCCCAAAGGCCCCCAACCAGGCCAAGGGCACUUAAUACCCAAGCCACCUCCACCGAUCCCCUCUUCCCCAAGAAGGCCUCCUUUCUGGCGACGAGGAAGCCUAGCUCAGGCAAGGAGAAAAAGCUCAGGAGGUCCCCUAUAUGAGAAUAUACUCCCUCUGGGGAGACGAGGAGGUGGGAGGUAUGGAGCAAGCGAUGGAGGUGGAAGGAGAGGGCGACGUCCUCCUCCACCCCCUCCUCUGCCUGUUCCCCUUUCCUCCCCAACACACACUGCUACCAGUCCCUCCUCCCCAUGCCGUUUCUACUCCUCUUGCUCCAGUGCCUCAUCUUCAUCCUCUUCCUCUACAUCGUCCUCAUCCUCUUCUUCAUCCUCGGUCUCACUGUCUCGGUCAAAUUCCCCCUCUUCUUGCUCUAGUGACAGCUCCUACAACUCCUCGUUGAGUUUCCGGUAUCGAGCAGGUGACCGGGAUUUUACAGUUGAUGAUGAUUAUGACUCAGAUCUGCUUACAGAGGAGUCAAGCCUCCUCCUGGGGUCACGGAGGAAGAUACGUUCGCGCCGCAUGUCAUCGCGCUCACUGCCAUGCAGUCCGCCACCUCCGCCGAUCCCGCCUCGGAAGCCACGCCUUCAGAGAGAUUAUGGCAGAGAGAGAACAGGAAGCCAAUUGGCCCAAUUACAGGAGUGGUGGGCAUCAUGGGGAGACAGAGAGCGAGGGAGGGGAGGAACAACAAGAGAGGGGGGAGUGGGUAGAGAGGAGAAGAGACACCACAAAGAGAGGGAGCGUGAGAGGAAGAGGAGGAAGAAGGGUCGAAAGAAGAAGAAAAGGGAGGAGAGGGAGAGAGAAAGAGAGCGAAAGCGGCGCAAAGCAAAGAAGAGGAAGAAGGAGGAUAAGAUGAGGAAGAGAGAGCGGAAGAGGUCAGAGCAGGAGGGAGGAGAUGCUGAAAAAAGAGAGGAACUCAAAUCAGGGACACCAGAUUACCCAUCAUACCCACCCCUGAGACGAGAGUCUUUUCGGAAAAAAAGUGAAAGCUCAAUCCGAAGCUAUGGAUGGAACAUCCCGGGCGAUGAGGAGAGGAAGGACAGAGAAGAGAAAGAGAGGGAUGAUGGGGAAGACAGCAGAGGGAAAGAAAGACAUAACAGACGAAGGAACAGCAAGCACUAUCAAAGCUCUAGCAGUAAGCCUUCAACAUCCGUCAAGUUCUGGGGAGGGGUCAACCCUUCCUCUGACACCAUUCCAUCUGCCUUUCUACCCUUGUUGCCUGUCUCCUCUAAAAGGAGGAAGAGUAAAAGUUCAGACAGGGAUGCCGUAGGAAUGGAAGGAGAGAGGAGGCCAUUGCUGGGACGGGAUGGAAGAGGUGAGAUGCACUCCAAGGAGGGGUUAUCUUUCCAUGAGUGGGAGUCAGAAGUAGAGGGUGAGGAGGAAGAUUCUGAGCUUGAGAGGAGGAAAGCAGAGCGCGGAAAGAGGCGUGGAGGAGGAAGGACAAUGUCAGAUGAGGAGCGUGAACGUGAUAAAGUAGUUGGGAUUUAUUCUGAUGACGAUGGCUCUUCAGGAGAGUUUGGAAAGUUUGAGAGGUACUGGGAGGAUCAUGAAGGCAGGGCAGUAGGAGGGAUUGGUGGAGGAGGUUGGUUUUUCAGCACCUACCCUUCCAGGGAUAAAGCCGGCAGCAUCAACAGUAGAGAUGACCUGUUCCUUGAGCGAGGGGAGAGGUGGGGGACAGCAGAAAGUGGAUGGGGGUCCAGUGGAGGUGGGGGUGGUGGUGGUGGAGAGGGAGGAGAAAGAGGGUGGGGAUCAGGAUCACACUGGCCCCCACCUCCACUUACGCCACCACCUCCUCGACGAUACUGGUCUGUGGAUAAACUCCACAUACAGGACGAGAAGAAGAGUAAACGCAAGUCAAAGGACAAAGGAAGAGGGCACGCAGCUUGUUCCUCCUGUCAUUCUCCCCGACACCAUCCGCACUCCCAUUCCUCCAAAUGGGCCCGCAUAACUUCACGAAGCCAGGAAGAGCUGUACCACCAAUGUCAGAGUUUUGGGGGUCCCCUGAAGCCCAAACAUGACUCCUCAUCCUCCUCUAAACCUGAUCGCUCACAGAAUCCAUCAAAAUCUGGCAGCCAGACAAACCUCAGUAUCCAGCAGCGGACACAGAGAACAGAUAGGGAUAGGGACCGAGGACGGCAAUCAUCCCCACCUCAGAGCCACAUGACAAACUUGCCACCCCCACUCCCUGCCCUUCCAGCUCCUCCGUCCUCAUCUCAUCCUAUCCACGUUCCUCCCCCUACCUCUUCCUCUUCUGUAUCCUCUCCCUCUGUGGUCUCAUCCACCCCGGGGGCACCCCAGCCCUCCUCCAUGGCUGCGGCAAGUGCUAAACUACAGUACCAGAGAUUGCGCUCUGUACCCCAGCCCCAGAGGUUUCCUCAGUCUCCACACUUACCCCUCAAAGCCAAGAGCCUUUGCUCGCGAAGGGGCUCAGCCCAUUUCUCCAGCGUGGAGAGUGAGGUCUGA